GCACCGCGCCUUUAAGGAACUAGAAUGAGAAGUGCGUGAGUGGGUCGGGACUGGACACGAAAUCUGAGAUUUGACUUGAUCCGCGCUCUAGUUUUGAGAAUGGAAAUCUAUGGCUUGCGGACAAGGGAUGCAAUUCACCAUGUUUUUGUAAACAGGCGGUGAGUUUUAUGAGGAUAAUCCAGGAGGUAUACAGGAUCUGCACACCCCACCGCUGGCCCCGUCGGCACGGUAAUUUGGGACAGAGGCAGGACUCUCCUGCUAGCUGCCACACCAGCUAACUCCAGACCUUGUCACCUUUCCUCCUGAUGCUGAGAGGUUUGUGUGGUCACACAACUGCCUCAACUACAGCUGUAUUGCUGUGAAGAUUGUCUCUGCUCCGGCUUCCUGGUUAAGUGAAACUGUGUCAACAACAUAUAUAUAUAUAUUGUCAGAAAUUGCAGUCAGACACAGAAGUCAAGAUGUCCAUCACCAACACACCUACCAGCAAUGAUGCCUGUCUGAGCAUUGUGCACAGCCUGAUGUGUCACAGACAGGGUGGUGAGAGCGAGACGUUUGCCAAGCGGGCCAUCGAGAGCCUGGUGAAAAAGCUUAAGGAGAAAAAAGACGAGCUUGACUCCCUCAUCACAGCUAUCACCACCAAUGGGGCCCAUCCCAGCAAGUGUGUGACCAUUCAGAGGACACUGGAUGGACGGCUGCAGGUGGCUGGACGUAAAGGGUUCCCUCAUGUAAUCUACGCCCGGCUGUGGCGGUGGCCUGACCUGCAUAAGAAUGAACUGAAGCACGUCAAAUACUGUCAGUUUGCCUUUGACCUCAAGUGUGACAAUGUGUGUGUCAACCCUUAUCACUAUGAGAGAGUGGUGUCGCCUGGCAUAGACUUAUCAGGACUGACACUGACCAGUUCUGGGCCUAGCUCUGCACAGAUGGUUAAGGAUGAGUAUGAUUUUGAUGGACCUCAGAGUCUGCCCUCAAUUGAGGGUGGGCACUCCAUCCAGACCAUCCAACACCCCCCAUCUGCCGGCCGCCCAGCCCCUUCUGAACCGUUUGCGACCCCAAACCUGCUCCCAUCUGCUGAGGCCUCCACCUCUGCCUCAACAUCAUCCUUCCCUGCCAUUGCUGCUGGAUCAGGCAGUGCCAGCUCAUCAUGGUCUAGGAAUAGCAGCUUCACCUCCAACAUACCCCACCACACCAACGGCCAUCUACAACACCACCCUCCUAUGCCACAUCCGACACACUACUGGCCAGUGCAUAAUGAGCUCGCCUUUCAGCCUCCUAUAUCUAAUCAUCCAGCUCCUGACUACUGGUGCUCCAUUGCUUAUUUUGAGAUGGACGUUCAAGUUGGGGAGACGUUUAAGGUGCCCUCUUCUUGCCCCAUCGUGACAGUGGAUGGCUAUGUGGACCCCUCAGGAGGAGACCGGUUCUGUUUGGGUCAGCUCAGCAACGUACAUCGCACUGAGGCUAUUGAGAGAGCAAGGCUUCACAUUGGCAAAGGGGUUCAGCUGGAGUGUAAAGGGGAAGGAGAUGUGUGGGUGCGUUGCCUCAGUGACCACGCAGUGUUUGUUCAGAGUUAUUACCUGGACAGAGAGGCGGGCCGAGCCCCUGGAGACGCUGUUCACAAAAUCUACCCCAGCGCUUACAUCAAGGUGUUUGACCUCCGUCAGUGCCACAGACAGAUGCAACAGCAGGCUGCUACGGCUCAAGCAGCAGCUGCAGCCCAAGCUGCAGCAGUGGCCGGAAAUAUACCUGGACCUGGAUCAGUUGGAGGAAUAGCUCCAGCUAUUAGUCUGUCAGCAGCAGCCGGUAUCGGGGUAGACGACCUCCGGAGGCUGUGUAUUCUCAGGAUGAGUUUUGUUAAGGGCUGGGGGCCCGACUACCCCCGCCAGAGCAUCAAGGAGACCCCCUGCUGGAUCGAGAUCCACCUGCACAGAGCUCUACAGUUACUGGACGAGGUUCUGCACACUAUGCCUAUAGCAGACCCACAACCUCUGGACUGAGAUCUUUACAACUGCAGCGUCACACUGCAACAUACAGUGGCAAUGGCAAGUCUUCCUCAGUAAACUGUUUGGGUGGAGAAGCCAGUGAAACAGCUGCAACACUGAAGCUGUCCCACAUGAAAAAAAUACUUUCAGGUGUGUUUGAGGCACCUUUGUGCACUGUGGCCUCUACUUUUGCUUUUGUAAGUAAGAGUGACACUAAAACGAGCCAAAGCCAUGUAUUGAAGAUAUCUUUAUCUCUAUUUUUGAUAGAUGGCUUUGAUUUGUGAUGACUGGAAUGAUGAACUGUAGGACUAGAAAAAAGACGUCACAGAUAACUACAGUUACAAAGCACCACAACAUGCAUAUAGAUGACCUGCAGAUCCCAUUAAAACUAGAAUGUACAGCGACUACUUAGAGUCCACAACCACCAACUACUGGCAGACAUUAGAUUGACUGAACAAUGAAAGAACACCAGAGUGCUGUACAGCUGUGGGAUGAGAUGACUCACAUAUCCAGUGUCUGGGCACCAGAGUACUGCUGGUUUUCUAUUGUGUCAUUUUCCAUUCGAGCUGUUACAGACUGCUUCUCACCUGGGCUAACAAGCAAGAUCAGUCAACUGUCAGGCUGAAUAGAAAAGCAGCAGCACUCACAGGAUCACCGCUCAACGUCAUGCUGGUCGCUGCCUCUCAGAUACUGGACACAGUCGAGGACCACCCAGCUUGGAUCAGGGCAUACUAGACCUUCACAGCCAUCCACGAAUAUCACAGAGAAGAAAUGAAAAGCGCCAUGCCUAAAGCAGACUCAACCUCUGAACUGAAACAAGGUCAAGUCUGUGGACUCUUCUAGGUCAGGUAUUGUCGAACUACAGGUUUAGACCUUAGUAUCUGGUAGUGGGCCUGGUGGGUGUCCAAUGACAAAUAGUUGUCCCCCCCCCCCCCUCUGAAUUAAACAAGAUUUUGGAGCAAAUGAAGAGCCCCCAGUUGAGGUUUUGGACCAGAGAAUAAUAUCCUUCUGUGGCAUCAUGACAUGCAAAGUUGAAUUGCCAAUUGAUGAUACAAUGUAUUGCUUUUUACUGACUUACUGUGAUUAUGUCAUGUAUUCACUCACUCACUCAAAAAUAGUGAUGACAAGAUGCUCAUUGAAGUGUGAUCAUUCGUCAUUGGUCACUUUCCACCAUGGUCGCCUCCCACCUGUUUCAGGUACAGUUACGGUUUUGGAAAACGCCCUCUUUUAUGCUGCCACAAAGGAUGAAUCUCAUACACCUGCGAACUGGUUCAGUAAGAUGGAGAGAAGAGGCAGACAGUUUGUCUUUGAUGUCUAAUAUAAUCACAGUACAAGGAUCAGGGUUUAUCAAUGUUUUGGCAAACCAAAGUACUAAUUACUCAGAAGCAUACUGUAACUCUAGUGUGAUCACGAGAGUGAGAAGGCCAGUCAGCUGCUGGACUUUGUCCCAGUUACGUUAAUUUGGAAGUUUCUUUAAUUACAUUUUAAAGGUGAUUAUGUUUUUGUAUUCAUUUUAAUGAAUAUUGAUUUUUUUUUUUUUUCUCUAAGCAUACCCGACAGACUCUCCAACCUACUGUAGUUGAGAAUCAUUGUACUUAUGACUUGCAGCCCACUAAUAUACUACUUGAUCCAGGUCUCUUGUGUAUAGUGUACUGACAAAGAUAUGAGAAUUUAGGACAGGCCCCCAGCAAUAUAGAUAUAUUUUCUUGGUUUUAUUUUUGUUACUUUUAUUAAUUGAUUUGUUUUAUAUUUUUAGCACUUUACUUUUUUUCUUGUUUUUAACUCAAUAACCUUAAUUUUGAGGUGGUUGUGCUGCGAUAUGUAAAAGGGAGUGAAUAGGUUGGUUGAUUUUUUUUUUUUUAUAUAUAUGUAGGUUUGUGAUGCAUUUGUGUUAAAAAUACUAAGACAUCUUUUUAAAAUCAUUUUUUGCCCUUUCAAUCUAUAAAGGCAUAUAUGCAU